AUGAAGCACGCGCGGGGGGAAAGCCUGCUCGUGAAAUUGGGGAACUGCUCCACCCCAGGCACGACCAGCAGUAGUGAUAGGAGUGAAGAAUGCAGCGACGAUUGCAAUAACCGGGGUAGCAGCCGCGGAGAACAUAGCUCCUCUGGGGCAUCGCUGCAUGACGAGGUCGAGCGCACCAUGGUGAGGAAGUACAUCAAAGGGAUGAAAAAAUAUAAAGAGAAAAAUGAAUUUUACCACUUCAAAAAAUACUUAGCAGAAAGUAACGUCUUUUUUGUAUUCGUGGACUUGUUUGUGAAGCUGAUACGGAACAGGGAGAGAGUGGAAAAUCCCUACGACUACGUCAUGAAGUACUUUGGACAAAGAAGGCACACCUCAGAGGACGACGCUCCCAGGAGACAUUUAAUCAAUGAAAAUAAAAAGUAUAGAAUAGAAAAUGAGCAGCUGGUUGGGAAAAUAAACGAGCUGCUUGUCCAGUUGGAAGACCUGCGCAAGAGAGAUACCUGCGAUUUUAUUGCAAACUGGUUUUUCAAAAACGGCGAUGAGCAGCGUGGCUCGUCUGAUCUGUUUGGGAAGGAGUUUAUGGGCAUGGGUCAUAAUGGGGAAAAUGACCCAAGUGGACACAGCACCCGGAACAACCCGAACGGGCUGCAUGGCCACGGAGACUAUAGCGAACCCCCUCACUUUGUAUUCACUCGAGACACAUUUUAUCUCUUUCUGAGUUUCCUGGACGAUUCCACCAGAACGCAACUUCGUGAGGUGCUGACGGGGGGGUCCACCCAUGCAGGGAGAUCUACCCUGUGGGGGGAGAUACACAAGGGAUUGUGUGUGUUUGUAAAUGACUACUUGUCUUUGGAGAAGCUGGGUGAGAAGGGGGCUCACAAAUCGAACAGGGAGAAGCAUGGCGGAGAGUAA